AUGGUAAUGUUGUAUGACUAUCGCAAUCAACCCAUUAAAAAAGAACUGCUAAAACAAAAAAUUGCACAGCCUAGUCAUUUAGGGGUACGUAGUUUUUGGCAGGACGCUAUAGCGUCUGGACUGACACCAGCUAGAUUAACUCGUAUUUUACGAGAAGCAACAAGCACCAAUAAUACCCGCGAUUACUUAACACUAGCAGAAGAAAUGGAGGAACGAUAUCCCCAUUACCGUAGUGUUUUAAGCAUGCGACGUGUUGCAGUAACGGGUAUUGAACCAAUUGUGCAGCCUGGCGGCGAUGAUGCAAAAAGCUUAGCUAUUGCUGAAGAUGUAGAACGAUUGGCUUCUGGCCCUGAGUUUGAGCCAAUGCUCGAUAAUUUAUUAGAUGCCUUUGGUAAAGGUUAUGCUCUUGUUGAGCUUGUCUGGGAGUCUAGUAGAUCUAAAUGGUGGCCUACGUAUGAAAGACGUGAUCCACGCUCUUUUAUGUUUCAUCCUGAACGUAAAAACGAAUUACGUAUUCGUGAUGAGGCAGAUUUAGUUCAGGGUUUGGAGCUGCCAGCCUAUAAGUUUAUUUGUCAUAUUCCUAAGCUAAAAUGCGGUCAUCCGAUUCGUGGCGGGCUAGCAUUGCCUGCUGCGUGGUAUUACCUCUUUCAAAACUAUACCAUCAAAGACUGGCUAGCGUUUGCAGAAGUCUUUGGUAUCCCGAUUAAGAUUGGUCGUUAUGGUCAAGGUGCUAGUGAAGAUGAUAUUCAGACCUUAAUUGAAGCAAUUCAUAGUUUAGGUAGUGAUGCUGGUGCGGUUAUUCAUAAGUCAAUGGAGAUUGAGCUUUUAGAAGCUGUUGGUGGCCAAGCAGCAGCAGAUGUGUUUGAGCGUUUAGCUACCUACUGCGAUAAACAAAUUAGUAAAACUGUACUUGGUCAGACUAUGACUACUGAUGAUGGUAGUAGUCUAGGUCAAGCAAAAGUCCAUGAUGACAUCAGAAUAGAGAUUAAGCGUAGCGACGCAAAACAGCUUGCAGCUACCUUGAAUCCACCAGAGGCUGACGACGAACUACUAACCCCCGAAGUAAAAGCACCCGUAGCACAAGCCGCCCCUGCACCAACGGAGACGACAUUAGCCAUUAAUCAACGAUUAGAAAACAUAGAGGCAUUACUUGCAGGUGCUAACAAUGCAGCCAUUGAUAGCGGUAAUCCAGAACAACAAGCAACGCUAGACGAAGAAUUAGAAGAGAUGGGACUGUCUGAUUGGCAAGAACAGAUGGAUCCUAUUCUUGAUCCCAUAAAAGAAGUGAUUGCUAAUGCUCAAAACCUUGAAGAGCUAGAAACAGCACUACUUGAAUUAGAUCUAGAUAUAAAUCCAUUAGCUAAAGAACUAGCAAGCGCAAUGCUCGCGGCGCGUAGCGUUGGUGAUGUGCGCGAUAGUGGCUAG